UUCCAGGCGCGAGAAGCCAUCGCAGGUCGAGCGAUGCCGUCGUCGUCGUUCAAGCGGCGCACGCCCACGGCGCAGUCGUCGUCGGUAGGAAGCUCAGGGGCUUCUCCCGCUGCUCGUGAGAUGAAGCCACCAGAUGCGACAGUGGGGCUGAAGCCGGCGCCGUACCCGUCGCUCGUCGCGCACUAUUCGACGGGGCUCGCAAGCCUCGACGAUGUACUCACCGGGUCGGGCCUGCCAUCGAGCAGCGUCCUGCUCCUGUGCCCCGCCCUGGGUCUCGCCAACCCGCUCAAAGAGCUGGCUGCAGGAGGCGCAGAGGAUCUCGAGGCGGCCGAGCGCGAAGUCGUCCAGGAGCUCGCCGGCUACGGCAUCGCCCAGGGACUCGUCUCGGGCCACCGGAACCUCGUCGUCGCGCCACGCUCGCUCGGCCCGCGUGCAUUCGUCCAGCAGCUUCUCCCUGCCAUGGCCACAUCCUCCAGCUCGACAAAAACUACCACGAUGACAACGGAGGCUGGGAUGGGAAGUGGAGAAGUCGAGGCGGAAGAAGAGGAGGAAGAGGAAGAGAUGAAGAUUGCAUUUCGGUAUGCGCACCGGCCCAAGUUCAAGACGACGGUCAAGGAGCCCCAGCCCCGACCAAUGCAGGCGGACAAGGCAAAGGAGAUGCCGGCACCGUACCUGUUCAAUGCGCCCUUUGAUCGGAGCAAACGGUGGACCAGAGAAGCCCUCGACUUGGCCAGGGCAGAGGGCAGCCUUGUCGAGGUCGAGGCAAACGGCCGCUACGACGAGGUACUGAGAUGCAUCAGCACAGAGCUGUCACAGAAAAGGGCAUCGAGGGUGCCCGUCAGGAUCCAUCUCUUGUCCAUCGGGGCCGAGGGCUGGUGCGACGGCCACGCGACGCACGAGCAGCGCCUCUCUGAAGCGAGCCGCUUCCUGUUGCGGCUGCGCAGCCUCGUCAAGACGCUGGCUCUGGGGGAGGAGGGAGUGCCCUGUGUUGCCACAGCCACCAUCGCUGCCUCUCUCCUUUGCUCCUCCUCCAGCAGCAUGUCCCUUCACAGCAGCAGCAGCAGCAGCAGCAGCAGCAGCACAAGCACAAGCACAAGCACAAGCACCUCAUCAAGGAGAACGAGGGCAGCGCAGCGCACGACGCUGCACCUGGCGCGCUUCGCCGAUGCGCUUCUCUGUCUCUCCUCAUUUUCCCACUCUCCACACCUGGCCCGCGCCUUUCCUUCGUACGGAGGCGCCCUUCAUCUGGUCAAGGGCCCUUGUGUCGGCGCCGUGCUCCCACCGGGCGAGUCGCGCAGUGUGCUUCGCGGCGGUCUUGGCGAGGCUGGCGCGGAAAAUGAUGUGGGAUGGCGCCAAAAGAAGCGUGGCCGUGGCGUGGUGAUCGAGACGCUGCACGAGGACGUGGAUCCAGAGGACCCGGCCGAGGCGGCAAAGAAGAGGAUUGCGGACGCGAGCAACAAGGACAAGACCAACAGAGCAGCAACGGCAGUGGCAAAGGACGACAUCGAGGAGGCUGCUCGGGGGCUACAGCGCAGGCCUGCUGCUGCUGCUGCUGCUGCUGCUGCCGAGAUGAAGGAGUCAAGGCAAACAGAGGAGCCAAACAAGGACGAGAAGAGGAAGCCGGCCAUGGGCCUCAGCGGUCUCCGUGCCAGGGGUCUUGAGGCGAGGCAGAGGAAGCAGAUCACCGUCGAGAUCGAGGGGCCAGGGGCGGGCGAAGAUGCAACGAGCAAGAGGAGCAAGGCCGAGUCCCAGGCCGACUGGUGAGUGUGUACCAUCAAGCAUGUAUCAGUAGACAACCGGCAAUGCAACGAGCAGAGGACAGCACAGCAUACAAGGUGCGAUUGGGAAAUGCUGCUGCCUGGGAAAGUGACAGAUCCGAUCAAUGAAGACAAGAAGCGGGGCACCAAAAACAGAGCUCCAGGUCGGAGCACACACCGGAAGCUAGUCCCCUUUGCUCGAAGCCUCUCUGAGGAUGGAGUGGGGGCGCCGGACUGGCUCCUGACGUGUGUGCGUGUCUUUUAACCCUCCUGGCUGGCCUACACGGUGCCCCAGAUCGAUUGUGGCUCUCUUCCUCUCACAAAGGCAGGUCUACGUCUCUAUCUUCUCACGCUGCAGACCGCCAUGCGAAUGCAAUUUUGUAUUGUACAAGAGCCAAACAUCCUUGUCUCCUCAAAUCGAU